AAAUCUGUUCUGCCGGCCGGUGUUUGACACCAGGGUGCGUUCAGGAGCUGCUCUGCGGAUUUCUGUACGACGCGAGUUACUGCAGCGCUCGUAAAACGUAACCACACGCGUGACAUCUGUGGUUCUAAGCGUUUUCGAAUGCGCCUGGAGUGCGGGGUAUAUAUCGACUUACUUCUGUUUUUAGCGCAUUGUGGUAAUGAUUGUCGCUAUGAAUGAGAAGUAUUUUGAAUUAUUUGUUCUUGUUACUUAAUAGGUUGAAAACUAACGUUUUGCUGUGAACGCAUUUGACAAUCUGUAAAAUAAUGGCUACACCAAUGAUCAUGGAACCAACUCCACUAAUCAGCCGGGAUGAAAAUGCAGUAACUGAUGGGAUGGGAGAAAGUCCAACAAAUGGAACUGCGGGUGAGUCACCUGUCAAUAAUACAGAGCGUCAGAAGAGAUCUAUGCCUGUGGAUAUAUUUGAGUUGAUGUCGGGGAGCCCUAGUAAAAAGAAACGUAAGAAAGUACCUGUUCAGUCUCAACCUAAAAAUGCUGUUUGUGCCCUCAAUGAGUUGAGACCUGGUUUAGUAUAUACCACUGUAGAUCAAAGUGGCCCUGUUCAUGCUCCAACAUUCACUGUUUCUGUGGAGGUCAAUGGUCAACAGUUUGAGGGACAAGGAAGGUCUAAGAAGCUUGCAAAACAUGCUGCAGCUGAAGCAGCCCUCCGUUCAUUUGUACAGUUUAAGAAUGCUCCUGAGGCACAGCAAGCAAUGAACAUGCAUAUUGCAGAUUUAGACUUCACAAGUGACAUAACGGAAAGUGAAGGUGACCUGUUCAAUGCCUUCCAGCCGGGCCACACUCCAGGUCCGGAUGCAUCUUCUGCGCCAGAAGGACAAGAGGGAGUUGGGUCUGGUUCACCAUCUGCUUUGCAGAAUGGAGGCAGCGGUGUGGCUUCUAGUGGAGCUGCAGCAGCUGCCGCUGCUGCGCGUGCAGCACGAGGAGGUCCUCUACGAAACAUGCACCCUGUUUUCCCUCCAGACAAAAGUCCUGUUAUGUUGUUAAAUGAGCUGCGACCUGGGGUGAAAUAUGAAUGUGUUGGUGAGAACGGUGAGCCUUAUGCUAAGUUUACAAUGACUGUUGUGGUGGACGGUGAAACCUUUGAAGGAACUGGACCUAGCAAGAAGUUGGGGAAAGCAGCUGCAGCAAAGGCUGCCUUGGCAAAACUCUACAAUUUAACUUUCUCACCUUUCAAUUCUCCAUUGCCUGCUGGGAGGGCAAUUGGUUCCCCCGGCAGUCAGCCAGGCUUUGAAGCCUUAGCUCUACCUCAGGUUCUGGCAGAUCAUAUUGCCAGAUUGGUCAUAGGCAAAUUUACUGCAUUGAUGGAAGGUAAUCCAGGGCAUGCCAGAAGAAAAGUUCUUGCGGGCAUAGUUCUCACUGCAGGGCCACAGAUGGAAGCUGCAAGAGUAAUAUCAAUUGCAACAGGAACAAAAUGUAUCAAUGGUGAACACAUGAGUGUGACUGGUGCAUCAUUGAAUGAUACACAUGCUGAAAUUGUUGCCCGUCGUUGUCUCUGUGAUUUUCUGUAUUCUCAGCUUGAAUUGCAUCUAGAUCCAGAAAAGUUACAUUUUGAAAUUCGGAGCCCAUCUUUCCAUUUCAUUACAGCGACAUGUGAGCAGUCCGUGCUAGUCCUCAAUCCCAAUGGGAAGGGCUUUAUUCUUCGCGAUGGUGUUAAGUUACAUUUGUACAUAAGCACAGCGCCAUGUGGAGAUGCUCGUAUUUUCUCUCCUCAUGAAGCUGCAACUCAUGACGAUUCCGUGGACAAACAUCCCAAUCGUAAGGCUCGUGGACAAUUGCGCACUAAAAUUGAAUCUGGAGAGGGCACAAUUCCUGUGAAAUCAAGUGAUGGUAUCCAGACAUGGGAUGGUGUGCUUCAGGGUCAGCGGCUGUUAACAAUGUCCUGUUCAGAUAAGUUGGCUCGAUGGAAUGUGGUGGGUGUGCAAGGAGCACUUCUCUCGCACUUCAUGGAACCAAUAUAUCUAGAGAGCAUUGUGUUAGGCAGCCUUUUCCAUCCAAGCCACAUGUACAGGGCAGUAUGUGGCCGCAUUGAGAACACUGUCCAAGGUUUACCUCCUCCAUACCGGCUCAACAAACCACUAAUGAGCCUUAUUACAUCUCCUGAAGUGCGACAGCCCGGUAAAGCCCCAAACUACAGUGUUAAUUGGACAAUAGGCCAAGAAGGCCCUGAAAUAAUCAAUUCCGUAACUGGUAAGGACGAACGUGGCCAGGCAUCACGGUUAUGCAAACAAGGAUUGUUUAGAAGAUUUUUUAAUUUAAUGGGAAAAAUUCCAACAAGAACUGGCACGACUAAGGAUGGUUGUUCUCAUGUGUAUGCAAAUGCAAAAUCUAUAGUUAUAGAUUACAAGAUGGCAAAGGAGCAGUUAGUGAUGGCUUUUCAAAAGGCAGAACUGGGUAUGUGGUUGAAGAAACCUCUAGAUCAGGACAUGUUUGAGUUAGAAGAUGUUGAACUUCCAGCGGGGGCUACUACUGCAGCAGAAGACCUGAAACCUGCACUUGACAUCAAGCCUUCAGUUGACAUCAAACCAUCACACGACAUAAAACCUCCAAGUGACGUCAAACCUUCGGCGACACACUUGCCGCAGCCAUGACUCGCCGCCGCAGCCAUUGAUCUUGGGGGGGCUCCCCGCCUCUCGGGAUAGAGCCGCCACUCAGCCUCCCGCCCCAGCGUAGCCCCUUCUCCUACCCUCAGGCCCGGUGCCAGUAAAGGGCAGACCCUGGAGAAGUGACCCCUUGCUGUAAUUUCAUGUGUGGGUGCACAGAACAUCACAACAAGGGGUCACUAGCUUUGGUAGUUACCGAGAAACAGUAUUUGCAUUGAACACUUUCACUAAGCUUUAGUAGUCAUCCAUAAACAGUAUUUGCAAUCAGUGCAUAGAAUUUGCAUUUUAGAGAGAAUUUUAAAUGAAUUCAGUGCCCAUCAAUUUUUGGCCACAUCCUAGGCAUUUGUGAGAAAGUAAGUUUCUCAAAUUGUUAGUAGAUUAGAUAAGUUAAGUUUUGUUUUGUUUUUUGUUAUUGUUGUUAAAGUUAAUGACAGGUAAUGAAUGCCGUUAUUAUAUUAUAAUUAUAUCUUAACAGCAUUUAUGAUUGUUCGAAUUCGGAAGAUAGGGGAAAUUUGUGGUAGACAGAUAAAUAACAUGAACUUGUACAGAAGUUGCUGCUGUAAAGAUUAUGAUAUUUGUCAAGGUCUAAAACUAAUUUCAAAAUAUACAUGUAUGAUCUAUCCAUUCAGAAGUAGAAAUGAGAAAACCCACAUUCCAUUUCUUAUCUUAAAAGUUUUGCCAGUUUUAAACAUUACUUUUCAAUAGGAAAUGGAAAUUUUAAUGUGUGUAUUUUCUUUAUUUCUUGAUGGACAGUUCAUAUGUUAGUAAUUUAAAUUGACCACUGUAGAGGAAGUAGGGCACUUAAAAGACUGAGUUCUUGUUGGAAUAAGCCCUCUCCUUGUUUCCGUACAACUGAAUUGCUCAAUUUUGUUUCAGUGUUAAUGCGCAAACAUAUCAUGACAUUCCACAUUUCUUCCAUAUUGUUGUAUCGUUUCAUUUUUUUUUUACGAAUCUCUUUUGUAGUUAAUUCUCCCAUUGUGUUGAGAAAUCAUGCCCCGAAACUCAUCUUGUUAAGCCACAACAUUUGUAAAUACUCAUGGUUGAUUUUGUGCAGAAUUGUGUUGAAUGUUAGUUCUUGUGAUUUUUGAGAGGAGUGAAAGGAUUUCGUUCAUAUGAACACUGGCUGUGAGAAUUUAGUGCCACACCAUGCCACAACUCACAGUUUCCAGGGCCUGCCCCUCACUGUGCUGAGCCAAUGGUUGGCGCAGAUGGCUGCCGGCGGCCUCUAUCCCGUCUUGCGAAGCCCCUGCAGGACGGUAGGCGGGCCUCAAACUAGAGUAGUGAGCUCCGGCUACGUCCGAUGUGCUGUAAUGUUAGCAUGCCUUCUCUGUUGAAUCUUUUCUGUGGUACGAAGUGAAGAAUUUGUGGGAGGCGGGGUUUGUUAUUUCCUAAAACUCGGAAUAUCACUUUCUAGUCUAAGGCUUGUACAGUACAACUCAAUUUGUCAACAUCCUGUGUAGUCUGUACUAACCAAUGUGAGAAAGCAGUUUUUUGAUUGGCUUGUUCAAAGGAUGGCCAAGCCAUUGCUUUUUAAUACCAUGCUGCAGUCAAGAAUUGUACACACACAUUUGGAGUUACUGGUUGACUACAUGAGGAUGAAUUUGUAAGUUAAUUUUCCUUGUUCUUUUCAUAGAUAAUAUACAGCAGAAGUAAAUAAUUCCAUGAUGUAUUCGUAGGUCAUCUCUUAUCUGAACGUCAAUUAUUCACAUUCAGAAUUUGAUUGAAAAGUAAGAAAUGUUAACAAUUAACUAUUUUGCAUAAAUUUAAUACAUUUGAUACAUGCAUUCAUUAUAGGACAUAAUAUUUGUUGUUUUUGUUCUGUGUAUUUAAUUUCAGAUUUUGUUCAUCUUGCCACAGACUUAGUACUAUUUGUUCUAUUGCCAUGCAUUAUCUUAGUCUGUUUUGAGACUUUUCUCUUUUUCAGUGUUGUGUUUUGUAUCCGUGUCUGUUUAUUUAACUUUCAUUCAGUGUAAGUUGAAGUCUUUUUUUGAGUGUAUUGAAUCUCUUACGCAUGCUUCAUUCUCCAUUUAAUUUUUCUUUUCAUUUCAUUUCUGAAUGCACUUAACAAAUUCUUCCUAUAGUAUUUUGAAAGUUGUUCAGAUAAUUCAUGAAACAUUUGUUAAAAUUAUUCAAAAUUAAAAAAAUUAAGGUGAAGUUUUUAGCGUUUUUGUAAGUACUUAAAACUUAAAUAGGAAAUUAUGGCUUUAGUCAGUGAUACAACAUGAAACUUGUCGGUGGUUGGUGAACACUGAAGAAUUUUUGUUGAACAAUGAAUAAAAUAGUUAAUCAUUGAAGUACCCUGUGAAAUUAUGCUGCCUUCUGCACUGUAAUGUGCUGCGAAAUAAUGUGCAAUACACAGGGACUCAGUUUUUAGUACAAAAUUGCUUAUGUCGUCAGGUCAAUCAAGAAACGAAGAUUCACAGGUGACAUGUAUUUAGAUUCCUGGGAGACCCAACUAGUAAACAUGCAAAGUUGCUUAGUUCUUUCUAUUUAUACAAUAGAGUUGCAAAAAACUAGUUCAUGCAUUAGAUGUUCAACUGAAUCUACUUGCAGAAUGCAUAAAAAUAUUUUAGGCAAUUGAAAUUAUAUAAUUAUUUCAUUAUUAUGAAUUUUUUUCACUCAAUUGUGAAGUGAAAGUGAAUUUUCGCAAAGUUGGCGACUCCUUCAAAGAAUUUUAAAUACUACCCGUAUGUGAUCAGGCAAUCCCAUCGUAAAUUUGUUUCUGUUGUAUCAGAAGAUGGCAGUGAAGUAGGCUCAGCUUAUGCCAAGCUGUAUUGCUCUUUCUAUAUUCUUGUAAUUUGUCAAAUAAUGACCUAUUCCCUCCAUGGUAGUACCGUUCUAGCCAGGAUUGAUUCAUCUGUCUUGGAUUUAUAGGCAUUUGGUGCACUACUUAACUGCCACAGAGCACGUUAAAGUGAGGUGGGCGACAAGCCUUGAUAAUAAGUUGCUAGUCCCCAGUGGUAUACUAUGCACUUUAAAGAAUUUUGUAGGUUUGUCAGAUGGUAAUAAAUUAGGGCAACACAUAGCUCAAAUAAUAUUGAUAUUGAUAUCAAUUUUAGAUUAUAGGUCUGGCUUGUACAACCAUUUCAAGUUCAUAGACAUUGGUUCUGCAAGUUUUACCAGAAGCAGUUUACUUGAUAUCAAUAUUAAGUCACAUAAAUAAAUAUAUCAAAAACCUUGUAUUUUGUACUUUGUGUCCAGGCAGAUGAAUUCUAGAUUCCUUCCUGAGAACAUUGGCCUAAUUACAUUCCCAGUUUUUAGAGCUUAUCCAGUUUAGCAGUUCACCCAUCUGAUUUUUUGAAGUGUACUUUUACAGCUGUUGCCAUAUUUCAUGGCAGAGGGGAGUGUAGAAUUUGGGGAAAUGCUUAAACAGUUGUAAUAUGCUGAUGGAUCAGUGUGCCUGCUGCAGGUACCCCAUCACAGGCUGAAAGAAUCCCUACAAGUAUCUUAGUGCUCUGUAGUGCUCUUUUGAGCGGUGCUAUGCUGUGUUAACCAAGUUUGCCUUUAUCCAUUGUGGGGGCAGAGGUCCAUUUCUGCAUGUCAUUAUAAUAUUUAUUUGUAAUUUAUUAUAAUGUUAACAAAGAAACUUCAACCUCACAAAAGAAGCUAUUUCCCCAACUCUACAGCCUCUCUAAUUGCAUUCCUCAACUUGAGGAAUUUUUUGUAGAAAAGUUGUAGGGCAGUUGUAGCUUAUUACUACAUGCUGCUGGUUGUUACUGAAUGUCCCAAAUGAGCUGACCGAGACAAUUCAGUCUUUACAAAUGCCACAUUCAGUGCCCAAGUCAAGUUCCGGUAUUUUUAAUAAUAGCAGUUCUUCUCUCUCUUUCUCUUAGACACAGAUUUGGCCCAUUGCUGCCCUCGGCACUUCAGAGCAGUUAUGCUCAGAGGUUGCAGCAAGGCAGACAGGAAUUGUGCAAAAUGUCACUAUUUUCUGAAAAUGCUAUUCUUUUCAAAUUUGAGGGUCAGUUGAACAAAAUUCACUUUAGUGGUUCUGACUUACGUGUAUAUGUUGGAAUGCAAGAGUGCUGGAUUUAAAGGGGUUGUGUGUGUUGUUUACUAAAAGUAGUAAAUAAUAUUUGCCUGAUUCUUUAUCACAAUGCUAUUAAUGAAAUGUAAUUUUUAAGUCGGAGAUUAGAGCUUUCUCUUUUGUUCAUGAUUUUUGUUUAAUUGAUCCUCUGUUGCCCUUCUUUUUUAAUCUUAGCUUUACACUGUUGAGAUAUUUCUCAGUACCAUUGAUUGCUUUGUUGGAUGAAGCAAAUGCGGCUUAAGUCACUGUACAGUACAAGAGGAGAAUUUGUCCCUUGCGUGAGCAAUAUUCCUCCAGUCUUCCUGCAUUUUUAACUGCAGUGUUGCAAAGGUGCUCUGGAAUACCGCGGGCUUGAAGCCCUUGUCGGCUGGCUGUAGUUAUAUGCAUUUUCUCGAUACUACUUAAUCUUGUGUAAGGGUCUCUUGAUCUAGAACGCUACCCCUUAAUCUCAUAGAAGCGUAUAGUAUUUGUUGAUAUUGGAGACACAAGAGUGUUAAACCUGGUAAAUGAGCUACUACGCGGUAGCUGAAAAAAAAUAUUGCAUUUAAAUACUUGACUUUUAAUAGAAUAAAUAAAUCAUUGUAUCAUACUUCUUACAACUUUCUCAUCUUGUGUGGUUUUAGAUUGUAUAAAAUUUUCUAGUGCCAUAAUUUGUGAUUAUUUUUUUCCAAUAAUUCAUCAUUUGGUAAAAUUAUAUUAGAAAAAGUAAAAAUAAAAAUAAUAAUCUAAAAUGUUGUUUCAAAACUGUGAAAUAUAGAAUAAUAGAACCCUUAGUUAGCAAUCCUUAAUUAAUCCUUCAAUUACAUUAAAUAAAGACUAAGACAAUUCAGUUUAUGAAUUAAUUCUGCAUGGAGCUAGAUUACUACCUAAUAGUGUAACAUAACAAUAACAAUUUUAUAAAACACUUUCAAAUUGUCACUUGCUAAUUAUAAUAGUAUAGUCCACAACAUGCAGGAAUGAAGAGGUUCUUGGUUUGAGAAGUAUAAUGUAUUUAAACAAUAAAAAGUUUAUUCUUCUCAAUAACUGCAUCCUUGAUGAUGGCAUUUUGGGUACAGAUGGAAGCAGAUUUACAAAACCCAGAUGGGUAUUUCAUACCUACAUGAGAAAUGAGCUUGUAUUAUUUAAAUUACACAUUCAAAGCUAAACUCUGAUAGAAUAGGUAUGAGUAGGUUUAUAUAUUCAAUUAAACACACAACAUUAUUUGCUUUCUUCUGCACUACAUAGAUAGGUAUAUUAAUUUUCCUUUCACACAAAUGUGAAGGAGAGGUGCAAUUCCAGUAAACAGUAGUUUUAAUACAAUCCUAUCCAAAUUGAUACCAUUAGCUCCUGUAAUACUGCUUGGAGAUUCUCUUCAAUAUAUACCAUACAUGACUAACAAAUAUAUAGGCAUCUUCUGGGUCAUCACAUCUACGAUAUGUACUGUAAUUGCAUAUGCAAUUCUUCCCUGGUCCGCAUGCUUCAUAGGUAUCCAGUGUUAGAUGAUUGCCUUAUUACUAUGCAUAUGUGCUUGAGAAUAUAUUUUUGAUCCAGUAUUUUUCAGUUGGCAGCUUUGUAACUCUUCUAUUUAAUUGUAGUUGAAGAGGUUAUUUUUUCAGAGAAAUAAAACACAAAAUUCAGACGGAAAAGGUGUAUUUGAACACAGACAGAGCAAAACAAUGAAGGGAGUGCUGGCUAGUACAAAUAAGACUUCGGAAGAGUAGGGAUUGCUUUGCAAAUUCGUACUGCAAUAUAAUAAGCAUAUGCUCAUCAUUCUCGUAGUUCUAUGCUUGAGUAUUAAGAGGUACAAACAUCAAAGUUGGUUAAGGAUUUGACAUUUUUCAUAAUGAAGAAUACAUUGUUUUCAGCAGAGGAACAAUGGUAAAGGUGCUAGAAGUAUUGGUACUUAGAACUACUCUAUAGGUUCCAUUCAUUUUCUUCUGAAUUUUUUAACUAAGCUUUUACCUCCUGCCUUGCUUUGUCGUGUUCUUGCUGCCAUCUGAUCAGGUAGUCUGAGACAAGUGGAAUUUUAUUUUUAUUGUUCCUGUAUUUUAUUAUAUAUACACACAUCUAUCUAUUCAACACUGGGAAUUGAAUUUCUAGUGUGCCAUGGCCACCCACGUGUGAUAACAUGUUAGACAAGCCAUUUUAUAUAACAUUUAACAUGAUCACAUUUAACAGUAAGUGUAGUAAAGCUCAUUAGAAUUUCUUUUCUUAAAACUAUAAAACAAAAAUAAUUGUCUGCUCUGUAAAACUGACAAUUUGCCCAAAGAAAGACAAACUUUGUAUAUCAUAUAACAACAAUAUCAAACCAGAUAAAUCUCCAACAUGAUCUUUUUUAACUCAUUGAACAAACUCACAGGUAAUGUGUAUGUGAUUAGGAAGUGUCACAAGGAAAAGGUGCUGGAUAAGAGUCGGGACUUUUUUUGUGGAAGGCUAUACAAAGUCUUUGAAUUUUAAAUCACCACCACCACACAGUGCUAACUAUCUUGCAUGAACUGUGUAGAAAGUCAUGUAAAGGUCAAGGUAACCGGCAGUUUUUUGCAGUAAGGUUUUCUCUCCAGAUUUAUGAGUGUAUUAGAAGUUGUGAACAGUUAUCAACAACUCUCUGAUCAGUGGAUUUUCUAGACAUACUUAAGUUCAAUGUUCAUCACUCACUUCACCUUUCUGUGAAUUGCUUAAAAACAGUUUUUCUAUCUAUGAUUCAAAGUACUGAAUGCAGAGAAAUUUAGAUGUAUUUGUAAGAAAAUUUACAGUUUUUUAGGUACCCGCAGGGGAAGUUCUUGUUUCUAGUCCUAAUCAGUAUGUGUGAUAAUUAAAAACACUCCAAUGGAAUGACAAUGAUUGUGUGUAUUUGGGGAGGGGUCUCUCAAAUGUUUGUCGAGGAUCUUAUGAAAUUUAUGGAUUGCCUUGCAAUGUGGUUCUUAUAUAUUUCAGUAGAAGUGUCUCCAAAUUGGCAUUUUGCGGAAUUUUAGUUUUGCAUUCAUCUUUUAUGCUGUCUAAGGAAAUAGUAAGUACACCUUAGUGCAACAUAUUAAACUGCAUGUUUUAUUUGCAAAAUAGGAACAAGACAAAAAUUGAGAUUUUGUCACGUUGAAAGACUGCCCAUGAUUUGCCUCGUUAUUUCAACUGUUGGGUUGAUCUGCCAUCAUCCUUUACAUGCUCUUUCCUUGACCCAGUGCAAGAUGGUUGCCAUCCUGUUACCAUUAUGACGCCAUCCUGUUUCCAUUAUGACGGAUAAGCUGCACGUGUACAAUACAUGUUUGGCCCUGGCUGUUUUCCCAGGGCAAAUUGUGUGCUGUGCGGGACCAUGCCAGGUGCCUACCAGUCAUAGGCGGCGUGUGCCGUGGACGGCACCGGCUGCUGCGCCUGCAGGCGGGUCAGCGCCGGCGGGCCGCCUGCUUUGCUUGCAGAACCCUCAUACUCCGACAGCACCUCGUUGUAACGCUAUCACACAAAUGUGCACAUACAAGGUGAGUUGGUACAUAUUUGAGAAUUGCCAGGCUGAAGGAAUUCUGGAAUAGUAAUUAUUUUUUAUAGAACAUAAUAAAGUAAAAUGAUCUUCAGUGGACAUAAGUUGAGAGAAUUCUUUGUACUACAAAAGCGAGGGUUAUCCGUUUUAUUUAUCUGGUUGCCUAUUGAUCGAUUGAAUUGGUUGAUUGGUUGGAUUUAUCAUAAGCCCACACACUGCUAGAAUUAUAUAGACAAAGGUCAUUUUAGGCCAUUCUAUGAACAUCUCUCUAUUACAUUUCUAUUAAUGUAUAAUUUGAUGAGGUUUCCCAUUGACUAAUAGUGGUUGAAGGGUUGUUCCUUGUCUGAGGUUCAGCAUAGAGCAUAUUUUCUUCCUCUUGAGUGUUUUUGUGAAAUAAAAUGGAAAAAAAUAUUUCAUAAACCCAAACUGUAGAGUAUUAUCCUCUCUGAAAUACUUUUAUUUAUUAAUAUACAAAGCCAGUGAGAUGUAAUUAAUGUAUUUAAAGAAUCAGCAAAUACGGCAAUGCUCAGUUCAGCAUUAGAAAAAAUUAAUUCGCAUUGAAAAACUUUUUACAAAGGACACUUAUUUAGUAGCAAUUUAUUUUUAGUUAUAAUAAUACUGGAAGGUCUGUAGUAACAAGAAGGGUAACGUGGGACAGACAGUGGAAUAUGAUGAAUAGUACGGUAAUCAGGCUAGUUGUUUAGGAUCUUACGAUACAUCAUUAUGAGAGACUAUUGCCUUUUCUGCUGGCUAAACAUAGAGAUGAAAUUUAGCGAACGCACACUCAUGGUCAAAGGGGAUAAAUUGCAGUGUCUCUUUACUCGAGGUACUUGAAAAUCUACUGACAUUGUUCUAAAAUUCUACAAUGACCUUUGCGAUUUGGUGUCCAAAUUAUUAAAAUUGUAUAUGAAGUAAAUUUUUAAUUUGAAAUUGUGCAUGAAAUGAAUAUGCUAAUGAACAAUCACGGUUUCAUGCCAAUGACACAAAAAAACACCACAAUUGUGUUAUAGGUAAAUUGGGACUUAUUCCCCCGGUUCUGCAUCUAACUGAUUCAAGAUCAUUAAAACUAAUUGGCAGAUUACAAUAUAGAUUGGAAAGCUGACACACUUGCAACCCACUACCUACAUUAUUCUGCAGCACUUACUACCAUUGGGCAUAUUUCUGAAACAAUGUGUCCUUGAUCCUUAAAACCAUAUUUUUUGUCAAGUUAUAAUUCUUCAUCUACACAAGGAGACAUUUUUGAGCAUUCACCGAUUUCAUAGCAUGGGUUGUCAGAAAUGUUCAAAGUUAGUUUACAGUAUGAAGGUAUUUUAAAAGGCUUCCAAAACAACAAAAGAAAAUGAGCAUCGCAACGUGGACAAUGUUUGCAUAUGUCCACCUAGUAGCCUAAUUUAGAAUGCCUAUUUUUAUGUAGCUGAAAUGUACCCUGUAUUGCCUAGUUAUUGUAGUUUGUGAAUGUAUAUCCUACCUCACCUACCUUGCCCAUCCCCACCCUGCCAUGUUUCUUACAGUCAUCAUUGCUUUGGGUUGCUGAAAAGAUGCAUUCUUGCUAACUCACCUGGCAAACAUCCAGUAACAAAUUUGACCUUGAAUUACUCCAAACCUGAUUGUGCUAUUUGAAUGAAUGAAUUAAUGAAUGAAAAUGCAUUUAGUAGGAAAUAUUACGGGCUUUCUGAAAUGCCCAAUUCGCAUUGGUAAAUUUACUCAUUGUUUUUAGAUAUGCAAAACAGAAAAAUGUGCACUCUUAAAUUUUGCUGUAUGGGUGAGAAAGGAGGAUAGGAAUAAUUUUCACAAAAUUUCAUAGGUGGUAACUUUCCCUUUUAAUAUAAAAUUGAUGUGUUUUUCAUAAUGGUGUCAAUGAACAUACCACAAUAUAAUCAUUAAUAAUAUAUUGGGCUAUAUUCCAACUUAAUAUUCAUUUUUGCAAUUGCAUUUAACUAUGCUAAAAUAGAUCUGAUUUUUUAAUGUAACAACUCAUCUUAUCUUACUGGCAGGUCGUGUGUUCCUCCAACUUGACAAUAUGUUUGAAACCUCAUUUCGUUUUGGAAAAGUGACACUACUGUUUCAGUAGAUUUUUUAAAGGUAAAUGAAAUUAUGUAAUAUUAUUAAAGUAUCAAAAUAGGAAAAUGAAACCCCUGCAGAAUGUAUUGUAAAUUUGAAGUGAGGUAAAUUGUAUGUGCAAUUGCAUAACUGCAGGUGAUUCAUAUUUAAGAACAAGUUCCUAAUUAUAUGUUAAUCUGUAUUUAUAUAUUUUAUUUAUAUAUUGAUAUGUUCUUUUUCAGCUAUUGACAAGAUGUGAAUAAGCAUGGUCUAUUUGUGUAAUAAUGUUCCUCUUGAUGUUGACAUACGGGAUACUGCUUAAUCCCAUGAUGUCAUGUAUGUAUGUGGCAUUAAUUUCAUGUCAAUGAUUUAGCAUGGAUGGUUAACAUGUAUUUUGUGUAUGAUAUUUUGAGCUCUUCAGAUUAAGAUUUAUGUUGUGAUUCAGUCUUGGAAUGUUCAGUUACGCCCAGAAACAGAUCGUUAAGUAGGUAUCACAAGAAAUGUGUUUAUUCAGAUUAGUACUUGAAAAGCCCUUACAUUUAUACUUUGUAAUCAAAGAAGUUCUGUUAUUGUUGGUAAAAACAGAGAAUUAAAGUCCAUGAAAAAUAAUUGACAUAAAUUAUGUAUUUAUAGAUUCAAAUACGUGCAUGUAUUUUUAUGAAUGUAUUUCAGAUCUGCUGAUUAAUUUGAUAUUUUAAAUAAAGUGAAUUAACUCUCAGUACUAUGGAUGAAUGUCAUUGAUUAUUACAGAUAAUUACACUGUUUUCAGACCAAUUUCAAAUAUUUGAGAGUAAUGUCAUUAUUAGAAAAACAAAGAAAUAAAUCCGACAUUGUAAUUGUGUCCUAAUUUUUCUAUUUUCUCAUUUUUGAAAUUAAUCCCUAAUUCAUUAAUUAAUUUUGUCUACAUGCAACAUAAAUAGAUAAUUGAAAUAUAAAGAUUGCUUGUCAUUGUUGCUGAAUUAAUCACAAUGUUCAAAGAAGAAAUUUCUUUCAAGGAAGUAAAUGCCCCAAUGCCAUGCCAGGGCAAAUUAUUUUUCAAAUACUGAUGCUAUGUUACAUGAUUUCUUGCAUUAUUUUCUAACUUUUGCACUAUUUGAAAAUUCUGAGAGGCAAAAGUCUUGUUAUGUAUGAGCGUAGAGAUGUCUCACAGUAAACCAUUUUUGUUUUGUAUCAAAAGCCCAUAAAACAUGAAUUCUGACUUCACAACGUGUUAGAAGUAGUAAUUUACUCUGUAGAUGAAGAACAAGAAUUAUCCUUGUUUUUGGAAUAAGGGACGUACAAUACAAAUUUUUCUGUCAAAAAAUUACCGCUUCUUACUUCAGCAUUACAUACUUUCUCACAUCCUUCUUCUGUAUAAAGGAGAAAGUAAAAAAAAAUAUAAACAAACUGGUGGUCAUUACAAGAACACCAAAGGAGAUUCCUCAGUUUGGUCUUUUACUUUCUCGUGUACUUCUUUCUUAGUUAUGUAUUUCUGUAUCAAAACAUGGGAUUUUUCUGCAGAAAGUCAUAUUGUAUUUCCACAAUACUCCAAAAUGAGAUCAUUCUUGUUCCUGUUUGUUGUAAAUUACUUCCUCUAAUGUGUCAUGUAGUCUGCUCUGUCUUACCCUAUCAGUGGACAACACUAAUAGCUAAAUUGUAGACAGAUUUGCCAACAAAAUUGAUACUCUCUGUUCAAGAUGGUUGAUGUUGGGGACCUUUGAAUUGUUAAUUGAUAUUUUGGUAUUGGAGUACUUAACAUGAAGCCCCCAGUGAUAUUUUCAAAAUGUUGUCAAAAAUUACGCCAAAAUGUUUUAUUAAUAUACAGGGAAAAUUAGAAUUCAGAUAUAAUCCGCAGUACUGAGGUGUUAUGUAUAUUAAAAAAAAUUGCAUUUUUAUUUUACAACCAUUCAUCCUCCUCAAUCUGUGAAAAUGAUGAAUAGAAUGUGUUAUUAUCCUUUAUCAUUUU